UUCCUUUCAUCUUAUUUCAUUGUACUUUAUUAUUUAAUAUGCAUUCUACAACAACCAUGGUCGACGUAAAUCAAUUAACAGAUAAACUACAGCAAAUCGACUUUAAUUCACCAGCCAAGAUAUUUCAGAAUAAGCAUGCUGUCCAUCAAUUCCAUAACAUUACACCCGAUGUUUCUAUGCCUGGUACACCACUGUUAUCUCCACAUAAUAAAAGAAGUAGUCAAACAUUAUACGAUUCUGAUACCCAUUCAUUACCUACCACCGCUGUACAUACACCUCCUUCUCUAUCCCCUCAUCAGAGUGAUGAUGACAAUGACAAGCCCCGAGAAAAGAAGCUAAAUGAUAAUGAAAAAGAUAACUACUAUCAUAGCAGCAACAGUACAGUGUCAUUACCAUCAAGGCCAGCCACACCUUCUCAAUUCAUCUUUAAAAGACCUCAAUAUAAUAAAGAAUAUCACCACACCCACUUUCAUCAUUUGGAAAAGAAGGAUACCAUAUUUCACGACUUGAAAAGAUUCUUUAAAGGGGAUAAAAAAAAGAAGAAGUCGCCUUCGAUUGCAAGUAACAGUGACCUAUCAUUUGCUAACGAGUUUAAUCGUGAUCUAGAAGGCAAAUAUGGCAAGUGGGGUAAGUGUAGUAAAAUAAUGAUUAUUAAUAUGAAAGUCUUAGCUAAAUUUUUUUAGGUCGAUUUGUUGGAAAGGGUGCCGGUGGGUCGGUGCGGUUGAUUCGACGUAGUACAGAUGGAAAAACAUUUGCCGUAAAACAGUUCAGAAAACGAGGUCUGAAUGAGCCAGAAA